GCUGUGCUGGAGGGGGAUAGCGGUGACUUCAUUUGAGGAGCAGCAUAGCUUUCAGUGAAGACAGUGGACAGCCUGGCUGGGACAAGUCUUCUUCUUCUUCUUCUUCUUCUUCUUCUUCUUCACAUUUGCUGCUUCACAUGUAAUCUCCACAUCUGGGUUAGAGCGAGGAGGAGAAUGAGAAUAGUGCAUGUAGUUUCUACUUGUAGGUACAGCGCAGCAGAAGCGAAGUCACUCCGAAAGAUUUUGACAUGAAGAAGGAUAUUGAUACCCUUAUAGCAGAGGAACGGGCUGAAAUCAUCUCUAAAUAUGACAAGGGCAGACAAGAGGGUGUCAGCAUUGACCCGUGGGAAGAUGCUGACUACAGCAUCUAUAAAGUCACGGAUCGUUUCGGCUUCCUACAUGAGGAAGAGCUUCCAACACCUACUGCCCUUGAAGAGAAGCUAAAGCACCAGGAGAUAGAGCGAGUGGAAAAAUGGCUUAAGAUGGUGAAAAAAUGGGAUAAAUACAGGAAUAGCGAAAAGCUGGUCAAGCGAGUGUAUAAAGGAAUCCCUCUCCAGCUGCGAGGCCAGGCUUGGGCUUUGCUUUUGGACAUAGAGAAAAUUAAACAAGAUAAUGAGGGAAAAUAUGAGAAAAUGAAGCAACAGGCUCGUAAGUUCUCCACAGAGAUCAAGCAGAUAGACUUGGAUGUGAACAGAACCUUCAGGAACCACAUCAUGUUCAUGGAUCGCUUUGGAGUCAAGCAGCAGGCACUGUUUCAUGUACUAGCAGCUUACUCUGUCUACAAUACGGAGGUGAGCUACUGCCAGGGGAUGAGUCAGAUCGCUGCGAUCUUACUCAUGUACCUGAACGAGGAAGAUGCCUUCUGGGCUCUAUCCCAGCUCCUUACCAACAGCAAGCAUUCCAUGCAUGGGUUCUUCAUCCCAGGAUUCCCCAAGCUGCAGCGUUUCCAGGCUCACCAUGAGCUCAUCCUCUCUAAAAUGCUGCCCAAGCUAAAGAAACACCUGGACAAGGAGCAGAUGACAACAGGGAUUUAUACCACCAAAUGGUUUCUCCAGUGCUUCAUUGACAGAACCCCAUUCACCCUCACCUUGCGCUUAUGGGACAUUUACAUAUUGGAAGGAGACAAAAUACUAACUGCUAUGGCUUAUACAACCCUCAAGUUACAUAAAAAGCGGCUGCUGAAGCUGCAGUUGGAGGACCUGAGGGAGUUUCUUCAGGAGCAGCUGGCUGCUUCUUUCUUCCUUCCUGAUGAUAUGGCGGUUGAACAGUUACAGGUUUCAUUGUCGGAGCUGCGCAGUAAAAAGCUGGAUCAACCUCCUCCAGCCAAGUCAGACGAGCUGCCAAAGAAGCCUCUGGGUCAAGAGAGACCAGUUCUCCUACUUCCACUGCAGCAUGACUCUCCUCUAGAGGUCAAAAUAAAUCUCCAGGCCAACACUGUGUCCAAUACAGAGAGCCAGCCAGUAGAUGGGCUCACCCAGCUUCAGACACCUUCUUCUGCAGAACCACAAGAUUCAAGAAGCUUUUCAGUCUCAAACACACCUUCUUUGCCUUCACCCAACCCAGUGGUCAUUCACACACAAGAAACACCUUCUUUGUCGAGACCUUGUAAAGCACCUCCGAUACCUCUAAAACCAGACAAACUGUCUGCUGAGAUGGGGUUCGUCAGAAAGGUGGAGGAGACACUGCCAGAAAAGUGCAAAGAUGUGAGAAAAAAGGGAAAAGAGACAGAAGAUCCAGAGACCCAGUCUGCGGAUUGGCCUCCACCAUAUGAGCCUCCUCCUUUAGAUGCUCUUGUCUUGCACACUGAGGAGGAAAUCAUUGACCUUCCAGACCUUCCGCCUCCACCUUUUUUCUACCCUGAGCAGAGUGAUCAAAGCUCACUGGAAAGAGAACCACCCUGCCUAAGGACUGGGUCUGGCUCACCGACCCCGCGCCACUCUCCUUCCCCUCUACCAGCCGCACCAUCAGUCACUCAAAUAAAACUAUCCCCCAAACCACAUCCAAAACCAGCAACAUCCCUUGACCCCACACAGAAAAAAGUUCCUUCAAAACCCUCCCCUAACUGUGCCUUCGCAGCAUCCUCGUCUUCCUCUCCUAGACUUCCUCCCUCAAAGCCAACAAAGUUCCCAGUCUCUCUGUACGUCCCUGUGUCCAUGGGAGACAGGCGACCUUCCAACACUUCCCAGUAUGAUAACCUUUCCGAAGCUGAUGACGAUGAUCGGCUUGUGGAGAGACUUCUGGCCUCCACUCCUGAGGAAAUUCCCAGCAUGCAGAGCAACCUGCCCUAUACUAUUGAUAGAGACUAUGACCCUGCUCUCUACCCUGUUCCCCCACCUCCUAUCUUCAUCCCUCCUUCCCCGUCUCCCAUUCCCACUUCGAUGUGUGCCCUCCCCAGUUUGCCUCAAGAGCCAGAAUAUGAUGGAGAGGACAGCUGGGUGGAGGAUUCCAUCAUUCCCCCUCCUCCACCUAGUUUUGCUGACAGACUUUCUCCAUUUCAGUGUACCACCGCCAUCUGUUCAGACAAACGGAGCGGCGUGUCACCUGUUUACUCUAAGCCUUUCUCCAGAGGCCCCAGAGACCAUUCAGCAUUCCCAGCACCUUUGUUGUACACCGGGUCUCCCCAUGGUCACUCCAGAUCCUCAGGACAGUCGCCAGUAGGAGUGCCCUUGGUUCAGUCCAGUCCAGACUUUUGUAGGAUGCCUCCUGGUGGACAGCAGCUGCCAAAAUCAGUAACUUUUUGAUGCGUUAACAUUUUACUAUUGAUCAUUCUGUUUCUGCUUGAUUGGUUUUUAAAGCCAUUUAAAAGGUGAAAGGUCAGUAGCUCCACUGUUUGCCCGUGGUUGUGUGUUUGUAUGAAAAGAACCUGUUUUAUAUAUAUGUAGAGAUCUUGUGCGAUUUUAUUGGGUGCACCCACUUGUUCUUUUUUUGUUUGUUUGUUUGUUCUUUUGUUUAUGGGACCACACUUGAUUUAAAUUUGUGUGGACAAAUGUACACAAAAAUAAUGUGAUCUCAUAACAGCU